GAGGGUUGACGUCCGUUAUGUUUGUUGGUGAAUUGUAUUUCAAGUUCAUGUCAUCGAAAUGAAUGCAACUGAACUAACAACGGAUGUUACAAGUGAUAAAGAUGGUACAUUUUAUUUUAAAUCUGGUCCACGUCGGUUGGAGGGAUUAAAAGCAGGAGAUGUUCUUAGUUUUCUACAGGAGAAGAUUGUUAUCUUGUCAGGUGGAAGAGACAGGAGAGGAGGGCCUGUUCUAACCUUUCCUGCUAGAAAUCUUCCAGAGAGACUAAAAACUGAAGACCUAAGACGACUGUUGACAUAUCUAGCAAGCAUACCCAGUGAUGAUGUGAAGGAAGUUGGAUUCUCUGUUGUGAUUGACAUGCGAGGUGCCACAUGGAACACUGUUAAACCAAUUCUGAAAGUGCUACAGGAAAGUUUUCCAGCCAAAAUCCACACAGCGUACAUUAUCAAACCAGAAAACUUCUGGCAAAAACAGAGAACCAGUUUAGGAAGCUCAAAAUACAAGUUUGAGACCAGUAUGAUAUCAUUAGAAACCUUAUCAAAGUAUAUUGACCAGUCACAGUUGACUGCUGAUCUAGAUGGUACACUACCCUAUGACCACAACCAGUGGAUUGAAUUGAGACUGGCUGUAGAAGGCUUUAUGUCUAAAACUUUGGAUGUAAUGGAACGAAUGGAUCGGAUCAAGGAGGAUCUGUUGAGGAAUGACUUUGCUGAAGAUAUCAAUGGAGCCAAAAGAAUGGUAGAAGACCACAAUAGUAUAAAAAAAGUUGUACAAACUCCUCUAGAAAACAUUGAUUAUGAAGGCCAGCAAGUGUUACACAGAUUAAGUUAUGUCACUGGUGGAAGUAGUGGAGGAUCAUCUGACUCUGGUUAUUCAAGUCGGGACAGUGCACCUCCCACUGUGGCUGGAAAUACAGACUUCCAGUGUGCUAUCUCACACAUAAUGAGAAUGCUGGACAAUGUUCAUGUGAAUCAAAGACACAUAGGCCAGCUAUGGCAUGUCCGGAAAGCCAAACUUGAACAGUGUUAUCAGUUGCGUUUAUUUGAACAAGAUGCUCAGAAGAUGUACGACUGGAUAUUCCAUAACCGAGACCAUUUUCUAAUCAGUUAUGUGGAGAUUGGUUGCUCUUUUCAAGAAUCCAAAGAUUUGCAAGAAGAGCAUAAUAUUUUUGCAAUGGCAUCAAUGAAUGUCUACACCACAAUCAACCGUAUCCUCACGGCAGCUUCCAGGUUGAUUGAUUCUGGUCAUUAUGCCAGUAGUGCUAUUCAACAAACUGCAGGACGACUAGACCGAACAUGGAAGCAGUUUGCUGCUGGACUAGAUGAGAGAACAACUGUCUUAUCUCUGUCAGUAUUGUUUCACCAGAAGGCAGAACAGUAUUUAAACAGUGUCCCCUCUUGGACCAAGAACUGUCAGUUAAUCAGUGUUCCAAGAGAAGUGUCAGAGCUGGAAGACCUUAUUCAUCAACAUCAAAACUUUUAUGAAGAAAUGUGCCAGGCUUAUACAGAAGUUCAUAGUACCAGUAAAAAGUUACUUUACCAGUUGGAUCACUUGGUACAGAUAUGUCAUCAACCCAAAGUGGAAGGAUCCUCUCGCAAGCAUCAAAUGAAUGAGGGAAAAGGGAUGUUAACCAACAUGAAUAAUCAUGGCAACAAUCACUAUAGUAACCCUGCAGCUGACUACUCAGAAGGAGCUAAACAUGUGCUGUCUGUAAUUCACCAGAUUUUAGGGAAUCACCGAUCACUUGAAUCAAUGUGGCAUGCUAAGAAGGUCAAGUUACAUCAAAGAUUAGCUCUUGGCCUUUUUCAAGAGGAUGUGAGACAGGUAGUGGAUUGGCUGGAUAAUCACGGAGAAGUGUUUCUUCAGAAGAACACGGGUGUUGGCAAAAAUCUCCAAAGAGCUCAAGCUUUACAGAAAAGUCAUGAACAUUUUGAAAAUGUUGCUCAGAACACCUACACCAAUGCUGAAAAGCUGCUUGUAGCAGCUGAAGAACUUGCCCAGACUGGAGAGUGUAAUGCUGAUGAAAUCUAUGGUGUUGCUCAGGAAUUGGAGGCUCACAUUGCCAGUUUUGCCUCUCGGGUAGAGCAACGGCACCGACUUCUUCAACUGGCUGUAAUGUUCUAUACACACGACACGGAGCUGAAUAGUUGGUUUGAAGAACUACGAGAGGAACUUCAAAGUGAAAAAGUUGCUGAGACAGUAGAAGGAUCUGAAGACUUGCUUCAGCAGUUUGAUCAACAGAGAGAUUCUACAGGUGAAGCAGCCAUUCGAACUAUAAGUGAAGGAGAAGCAUUACUAGAAGAACUUAGGAACAUAGGUAUGACAGCAGAGACAGAUGCAUCUGGCUCCUUCACAGCUAUUGGUGGUACCCUAGAAGCUUUAAACAGAAGUCAUGAAGAACUGCAGGAACUUUGGUCAACCCGUAAACUUCGACUAGACCUGUGUCUCCAGUUGAGAUUAUUUGAAAGAGAUGCUUUGGAGGUUUCUUCUCAGCUAGAAUUAUGGGCAGAAGAGCUUCAGCAUGGAGAACUUUCACAUGAUAUGGAAGAGGCUGAGCAGUUAGUCCAGAUUCACACCGAGAGUGUUACACACAUGCAGCAAGCUACUUAUGAAGUUUUACAUCGAGGACAGGAAUUAUGUCAGAUGCUAGAGACAUCAGGAAUUAGAUUGAUGGCUGACAAUCAGUAUGAUGCACCUACAAGAGUUCAGGUUUUGUUAGAGUAUCUACAUGAGAGAGAGAUGGACCUUGAGGACUUGGCUGAGAUGAAACGAGUGAAGCUCCAACAGUGUGUCCAACUCUGCCAGUUUAAGAACGAUGCCAGUCAGGUUCUAUCAUGGAUAAGGAAUGGAGAAUCCAUGCUAAAUGCCAGUUUCCUCUUUCCCACCAGUUUACAAGAGGCAGAACAGCUACGAGCUGAGCAUGAGCAGUUUCAACUUGCUAUUGAGAAAACUCACAGUAGUGCAGUUCAGGUUCAGCAGCGUGCAGAAAUGCUGAUACAGUCUAAUCACUAUGAUCCUCGGACCAUUCGGGAAAUCUCAGAACAGGUUGGAAAAAGGUGGCACAUGCUAAUGAGCCAUGCUGAAGACCGUCACAAACUUGUGAUGGCAUCACUAAGUUUUUAUAAAACUGUAGAACAGGUUGGUUCUGUGCUGGACAGUCUGGAUCGAGAAUACAGGCGAGAUGAGGACUGGUGUGGAGGGAGUAGUGGAACACCAGGAAGUGAGGAGGGAGAUCAGGACAGUCAGGAUCGAGUAUCUCUGGUGUCACAGUACCUAACAAAACAUCAGGAACAAAAAGAGAGGUUUCUUCGUGCUUGUACUCAUGCCCGUCGGACUGCAGAGACAUUCCUUAAGUAUGCAGCACGCUGUGCCCAGUAUUACUCUACUAGCAGUGAUGCAAAUCUAAGAGGACCUGAAAACAAAGUCAAAGGAAUCAUGGAUCAAGUGAUGAAACAAGAAAAUAGAGUUCUUGAAUAUUGGACUACCAGAAAGAAACGUUUAGAUCAGUGUCAGCAGUAUGUAUUAUUUGAGACGAGUGCUAGACAGGCAUUAGAAUGGAUUCGUGAAACUGGAGAGAGCUACCUCACUACCCAUAUCACACUUGGGGAAACUAACGAGAAAACAGAAGCCUUACUGAAGGAGCAUAAUGAGUUUAAAGGAAAUGCUAAGGAAACGAGAGAGAAGGUGAGGCUUUUACUUCAGCUUGCUGACAGUUUAGUAGAACGUGGUCAUGCUCAUGCUAAUGCUAUCAGGGCUUGGGUAUCAGCAGUUGACAACAGGUAUAAAGACUUCAGUAAUCGCAUGGACAAGUAUCGUGCACAGUUAGAGCAGAAACUGGGUUUACAAAGUGAAGGAGAAAGUCGAGACCUGUCACUAGACAGACACAGUGAUCCAUCAUUGGAAGCUAAAGUGAAGGAAGCAGCUGCUAAAGAAUUUAAUGAAGAAAAAAGGAAAUCAGCUAGAAGAAAGGAGUUUAUUAUGGCUGAACUUCUUCAAACAGAAAGAACAUAUGUGAAGGACCUAGAUAUGUGUAUUAAGACCUACCUAACAGAGAUGAGGAAAAGUGAAAACAAUGUUCCUUCGGGGAUCUGGGAAAAAGACCAUGUGUUGUUUGGAAACAUGGAAGAAAUAUAUGAAUUUCACAAUAGCAUUUUUUUGAAAGAGCUUGAAAAAUAUGAAGCUAUGCCAGAAGAUGUAGGGCACUGUUUUGUUACAUGGGCUCAAAAGUUUGAGGUUUAUGUGAAGUAUUGUAAAAAUAAACCAGAGUCCAACUCCUUGCUAGUUCAUAAUGCAGGCAACUUUUUUGAAGAGAUACAGCAUCACCAUUGUGUGCCUCAUCGCAUUGCAGAUUACUUGAUCAAACCUGUGCAGCGAAUAACUAAGUACCAGCUUCUGUUGAAAGAUCUGCUUUCAUGUUGUGAAGAAGGGCAGGGAGAAAUAAAGGAUGGGUUAGAAGUGAUGUUGAAUGUGCCAAAAAAAGCCAAUGAUGCAAUGCAUCUUAGCAUGCUUGAUGGGUGUGAUGUUUCUUUGGAUCAGUUGGGUGAGGUGGUUCUCCAGGACACUUUCCAGGUGUUUGAGGCCAAGUCUUUGAUUCGGAAAGGACGAGAACGUCACAUCUUUCUUUUUGAACUUUAUCUGUUAUUCAGUAAAGAAGUCAAGGAUUCAAAUGGCAAGGCCAAAUACUUGUACAAACAGAAACUAUUGACAUCUGAAAUAGGAAUCACAGAACAUGUGGAAGGAGAUGAGUGCAAGUUUGCUGUUUGGACUGGUCGAGCUCCUCUUGCUGAGUACAAGAUUGUAUUAAAGGCAGCAUCCUUGGAUACCAAACAAACUUGGGUGAAAAAACUGCGAGAAGUGAUUCAAGAAACCUAUUUCAGUAGUGCUCUUACAACUCUGAACCUUCCAAAGUCUCCUGUCAAAGUGACACCAAAGUCUAAUAGAUCCAGCAGAGAUCUUGGCGAUUCAUCUAUGGAUGAAGGAAGUACUGAUCAACAGGAGGAGCGAGGGUCUGUGGCUUCUUUUGGAUCAAGCAACACAACUGACAGUGAGAAGGGAACUGGUGAAGUCACGUGGGUAAUAGAAGGACAUGCUGCACCGUUGGGUUCUCAAGAGCUAAGUGUCAAAUCUGGUCAGCAGGUAGAGCUACUGGAUUCUGUAACUUCGGGCCCGGAUUGGUGUAUGGUGCGUUUGCAUUCCCCUGGCGGUGAGGGUAGUUGUUCUCCCUCUCGGGAAGGUUUGGUGCCUUCUUCGUGUUUGAAACCUACACCAAGCAUGCGUACUUCUGCCAACACUACCGGUACUGAAAGUGAAGAUGCUCCAGUGGCUGCAGGUGAAGCUGCCUCCGGGAACUCGGCCUACUCCCUGCCUCCUAACAAUGUCUCUCCAGCCAAUAAACGUCGAGGACCAUUCCGAAAAUGGCUGUCAAAUCCUGUAAGGAAACUGAGUCAUGGCCGAUUGGACAGAACUUCAAGUGAUAGUACUAAGCCUGCAACUAAAAAGUCUUCUGCACCACAUCACUGGAAGUUGUUGAGUGGGAAGGAAGAAAUGGGGAACAAGCCAGCAUCAACUGGUGCAGUAGUCAAACAACCUGAAGAACAGGGAAUAGAGAAAUCUUCUCCAUUGAAACCUCGGUUGACUCAAAAAUCUAAGUCUCUUGAUCUAAAUGGUGGUGCGUCAACAGAAGAAGAAGUUUGCGAUGUUGAACUUCCACCUCCCAUGAAGAUUCAAGAUCACACUUUCACUCCAGUACCUCCGCCGCCUCCUCUUUCAUCAGAAGGAGGUGGAGACAAAAUAGCAACAGAGGGUACAAGUUCAGCAGACCUGGCAUCAGAAAUAGAGCAAAUAGUGAAAGAAAGAAUGGUAAGGGAACAUCACAUUGAAAGUACUACAGAUUCAUCAGAGAUUGCAGAGCCUAAAACACCAGAUGUAACAUCUUAUUUGCCACCAGUACUGGAAAUCAGACCAGAAUUGAGAAGUCCUUCAUUGCCUAAUCAAGAGGAACCAGAGUCGCCACUUCCUGUCCUCACUGAAACCCUUACCACUGAAUGUGGUGAUAAAGAAAAGGCCUUACAAAAAAGAAAGUAUGUGAUUGAAGAACUUAUUGAUACAGAAGAAGAUUAUGUAAAAGAUUUAGGAAGCAUUGUCGAGGUAGGUUCUAUUUUAUUAAUAAAAAGUAUAGUGUUGCAUGAUCAGUAACCUGUAAUCUGAUGUUAUUCCCAGUAACGUGUUCUUCUUUUGUUCCAUUAACACUUACAAAUUCGCAUGUAACUUACCAUUACCAAUAACCAGUAAUCUUAUUCUAUUGUGCUGAUAGCAACAACCUGUACAGUUUUUUUUUGUUUCUAGCAGUUUGUAAACUUCUUUUGUUACAUUAAUACUACAGUUAACCCUUUCUAGACUGAUGAGCACUUUUCAGAUGUUGAGUGCACACCUGCAUGUCAAAUUUUAAGAUUUAAAUAAAAAUAAUAAUUUGAAUAUGGCUCUAUUUCAAGAAUUUAUUACUCAAAAGUGCUUUAUAAUUGACAUUUUGUAACAUUUAUUCAGUAGAAUUUGCAAAGAAAAAUAAAAACGUUAAACUUACAUUUAUGCAUGGCUAUGGAGCUAAUACCCUUUGAGGAUACAAUUAACUAAAUAUGGUACAGUUUACAUUCCCACCUUUUUAUAUUCUCUCAUCAUCUUAUCUGGAAAACCACUAAUGAAGAUUGCUUUGAAAAUAGCUACAGGCAAAGUUUGAAUACCAUUAGGUAGAGCAGAGCAUAGUAUAUACUAUUUACAUCAUUGUAGAGUGAAUAAAGUGGUGUAAGAAGUAAUUUAUGUCUUCGUGGGAAAGUGAGACUUAUCUUGGGCAGAGAAGAACAACAGAAUGUUGAGUGAAAUUUAGAAGACUUUAGAACAAAUCAUCUGAAAAUCUUCUUAUAGUUUCUUUACAUUUUAUUUUCAUUCUUGAAACUGUUUUUGUUCUAUAUUUAUGCGAUGUAUUGUGUACUUACACCACAAGAAGACUAUAAUAGCUACAAACUUAUGAUUUGUGAUGGAAUAAGAGUAUAUGUAUGCAGUUUUUUUGUAAUAAUUUGUAAUUACAUGUAAUGCAUGGAGACAGAAAAGGAUAUAUGUGAGUCCUGUGACUAGCAGAGAUUAAAUAAUCUGUUCUAGUGCAAUGGGAAUAUCUUAGAGUCUAUGGAAAUGAUUCACUAGUUAAGAAUUCUAUCAAGAACUGAUACUGAUAGUUUCAACAGUCAAGGAUGGUGUUACACAAAACCAGCCAUGAAGGGCAGAUCUCCUGAGGAGAACAGUUGUUCUCUGGACCUUUUCCUCUUGAGUUGUUUGAAGGACAUUGUCUACGGGGCAAAGGUAGCUGAUUAGGGAACACUGUGGGCAGAUCACUGAUCUAGUAGCUACUGUGAUGUUCAGCAUUCUGGUCAACACAUGGGUGGAAAUCUAAUAUAAACAUAACUCUUUCAAUACGGGUUCGGUCAAUGUGACAACCUCGUAAUCAUUUUCUGCCUAGUAUAGUUUUCAUGAAAAUUUUUCUGAUGCAUAAAAGUAUUUUUAAUCUAUUUUUAAUAGAUAGGC